UUUCUGUCGUCCGUCUCUAAUGAAAACAAUAUGGCAGAUUUCGCAAAAGAACGACGAAAAGAGCCAUACUUGGGAGAAAAAGUUAAUUAUUUACGAAACGGAUAUGGAACAUAUGUUUAUGAAAAUCAGUUUUUUCGCUAUGAUGGAGAGUGGGUGGAUGGAAAAAAACAUGGUCAUGGUAAGCUGCUAAUGAAAGAUGGAACAUUUUAUGAAGGUCAGUUCACAAAAGGUGAAAUCACUGGCAGCGGCUAUAAAUACUUUGCUACAUCCAAUGCCAAGUAUACUGGUGAGUUUUUGUGCGGGGAGAUGCAUGGUAAUGGAAUGAUGGCUUAUAAAGAUGGAAGUGUCUAUAAAGGGCAGUGGCAAAAAAACAGACGUCAAGGUUUCGGUACAUUAUGGACACAGAAAAAAUCAAUUUAUGAAGGCACAUUUUAUGAAGACAUGAGAGAUGGGGAGGGAAAACAGAAUUAUGAUGGCUCGUAUCAAAAACUCAGUAAUGGUGAUAAGUACGAAGGGCAUUGGAUUCAAGAUAAAAGAAAUGGUCAAGGUCAUUUGUGGUGUGCAGACGGCUCACAUUAUGAGGGCAAUUUUGUUAAUGAUUUGUUUCAUGGGGAGGGUAAAAUAUCCCAUGCCUCUGGGAUAUAUUAUCGUGGCCUGUGGCUGAAUGGUUUCCCUGAAAAAAUGGCAACAAAAAUUGUCAUCUUGUGUGAGUCAUCCUUGGUUCUACAACAAGGUCAAUUGUUUUCUAUUCAUGUGGAAUGUAGAAAUGAUGAUGAUGAACUUGUCAUAGAGCAUGGGAGAGAGUUACAGCUCUUGGCAGGGUUUAAGUAUACUCCACCAGUGGAAAGUUCCUCUUUCUUUGAUAUGAUUGAAGAUUUUAAAGAGCAGCCUAUUCAUACACCAUUUGGCUAUGAUGUGGUUCCCUAUCCUAUCUCUGACCAGCUCCCAGAACUAGAAGACACAACUAAAAUAGAUGAAGAAGCUGAAGAUAACUCUGCUGAGAAUCAGGAUACAGAUGAAGUUAGGCUUAGUGAGUCUGCAAAAGAACUUCAGGAAACUGAAAGCCGUGAAACUGUUGAGGAAGUUAAAAAAGUGGACUCCAUUAUUUCUGAUGAAUCAAAUAAGUUACCAGAACAAGUUACAGAGACUGUAAGAGAAAAAGAAACUAAAUUUGAGGAAGUAUCUCAGAUGGCACCACAAGUUCAAAAUAAAGUCACCACCAAUGGGAUUUGUGAGUGGCUCAAUUUACAGCUGGCACCACCUCCUCCCAUGUACCGACCAUUUGUCAUACUUAAAAGGGAAGAGGAAGCAAAAAAGACAAAGAAACUGAGUAAAGAAAAAAUAGAAAUUAUGAAAGAAAUCACUGAUGAAAUGGCAACACAAGAAAGAACAGAAAGUGUGAAUCUAAUGGAAGAUGAAGAAGAAGAGGACAGUGAGCUGAAAACACUUCCAUUUGAAAACCCAGAAAAUUACCACAAUGAAAGUUCCUCUAGCAUUCAAGACUCUGAUGACAUAACUAACAACCGUCUACAGAAAGAAGACUCAAUCAAAAACAAUGAUCUACAAGAAGGAGACAAUGUGUUCAUUGAAGAGGGGGAUGAAUCAAAUCUGGGCUCCCAUCACAGCCUUGCAUCCAAAGAAAAGAAAAGUUCCCAGCAAAUUGUGCCUGAGAAAGAAAUUUAUGAAACAAUAGCCAGACCAGGUGAAUAUGUUUUGAUUGUUCGUGAAGUGACCAACCCACCUUUCCUUGGUAAAACAAUGCAACCAGCCUUCCUCCUAUUACAGUUAAAUCAAAAGAAGAAAACUGUCACCAAAAAACCUAAAGGCAUUUUAGAGGCAUCUGAAGAUGAAGAGCAUGAUGAGAAAGAUUCUACUUACGCUCUCUGAGGUGGGAUACACAGAGGUUCAUAGCCAUGUCUAUGCAUCAAACAAACUGAAUGAACUAUGUCUUGAAAAAAGUCGAAUUAUAAACAUUUUAAGAAUUAGUGAAUGUGCUUCAAAUGUUUUAUCAUCUAUAUAAUUAAAAACAUCGAUGGGUAUUUGGGUAAUGAAUAGCACAAAUCUGUUUAAUGCUUGAAAACUCUUAUUUGAUAUGAUGUACAUAUUGUUUUUCUAUUUCAUAUUUUUGUCACAUUGUUUAUAAUCCUCCAGAGAGUCUCAGUCUGUUUUAACUUAUAUUUUCAACAAAUCUAGGUCAACUGCCAUAAUUUGAUUUCAUCCUUGUUGCUAUAUACAACUCUCCCCUUAGUGUUAGCAAUUAACAUUUUUUACAAAAAAAAUCUCUGAUCGAAGAAGAAAAGAAUCUUCAAUUAGAUUCAUCACUCAAAUAGAUUCACAAUAGUGUAAGGAAAAAACAAUGGGAGAAAGGAGUAAAUAAAACUUUAAAUUAGAAAAAAAAAAAAAAAAGAAAAGAUGGUAACUCUGUAACUCUACUUAAUUUUUGUCAAUCUAAUUCUAAUUAAAAUGACAGAAAACUUGUCAGAAAAUUGAAUUUUUGAAUUAUAAAUUUCUAUAAUUAAAAAAAAAAAUACAAAUUAUAGCCUCUAAAUGUGCUGUUUAAUAGUUUAUUUUUUUAAAUGCCUGUAAAACUUUAUUUGAAUGACUGUCCUUAAAUAAAAACAUACUAAGUGAUAUUUCUAAAAAU